AUGUUUAUCGGCGGCUUGAACUGGGAUACAACAGAUGAGGCGUUGAAAAAGUACUUCUCACAAUUUGGCAAAGUCGAGGCGUGCACCAUUAUGCGCGACGCGGCGGGUCGCUCCCGCUGCUUCGCAUUCCUCACGUUCGAGGACCCCGCAUCCGUGAACGCCGUCAUGGUUCGCGAGCACUUCCUAGACGGCAAGAUCAUCGACCCUAAGCGCGCGAUCCCUCGGCAGGAGCACCAGCGUGCGACUAAGCUCUUCAUUGGUGGCCUCCCCGGAUCCGUCACGUCCGAAUCGAUGCGCGAGUACUUCACCCAGUUCGGCAAGGUCGUCGAUGCCACCGUCAUGCUCGAUCGUGAGACGGGACGGAGCAAAGGCUUUGGCUUUGUCUCGUUCGAAAACGUCAAUGUCGAGCCUAUGCUUGGCUUCGGCAACCUGCAGAUUGACGGCAAGCUGAUCGACGUCAAACUCGCUCAGCCCCGCUCGCAGCGCGAGGCCUACGCCGAAGGCGGCGGGCAAACCUCGCGCAGCGGAUACAGCAACCAGAACUACGCUGGCGGGGGCGGCGGUGCGUACGGCAACCAAAACUACAGCGGACAAGCUGUCGCCAGCGGGGCAGGUGCGGCCGCUGGCGCGCCAGCUGGCAACGCAUCAUUCGACCCGCAGGCACUCGCACAGCUCUACACACGCAUGAUCUCGCAGAUCGGGGGCAUGAACCCGAUGAUGGGCGGCAUGAAUCCGGGCAUGAUGGGCGGGCAGUACGGUGGUGCCAUGGGCGGCGGGAUGGGCAUGCGUGGAGGGGCGAUGAUGGGCGGUCCUGGAAUGGGCAUGGGAAGGGGCGGAGGCAUGGGCCCUGGGGGCGCAAUGGGCUUGCAGAAUGGGCCGGGCUCGCUGGGACCUAACGUCCCGAGGGGCCCGAGGAACGCCCCGACGGGACCGGCCGGCGGGGUUGGGCCGCAGCGGGCGGGGCAGAGGGGACAGCACAGCUACCACCCGUACGCGCGGUGA